CCCUGUCCCUGGUGGACCAGAGGCCAAGGCGGGGAGGCCGAGCCGAAUGACCCUGCAGCUGACCAUCGGAGCAUGAGCAUGGACCGUUGGCUGUCGGGGUAAGGCUGUCGGGCAUCACCAUCGCUCUCCGUAUCGACACCUAUGGAUUCUUCGCUCUCCGCCAAGGUGGCCCUGGUCAACCACCCAGUGUUUCUGCACAAGCUCUCGCUCAUCCGCAAGGCCGAGACAGACACAGCCCAGUUCAGGCAGCUCAUCCACGAAGCCGGGCUGUUGCUUGCGAUGCAAGCCACCUCCGAUCUCGACUUGAUCAGGACUACCCAGCAGAGGAGCCCGAUCGAUUAUUACCAGGGUGUUGAGAUCAAGGACAACGUAGGACUCUUCCCGAUCCUCCGUGCCGGCCUGGGACUAGUCGAUGCAUUCCGGGUUAUGGUUCCCGAGGCGCGAGUUCACCAUCUUGGUCUGUAUCGAGAAAAGUCCACCCUGCUUCCUGUCGAAUACUACAACAAGCUGCCGAGCAAGUGCACCACCCAAAUCGGCAUCGUCCUGGACCCGAUCAUCGCAACGGCCGGAACAGCCAUCGCCGCGAUCAACAUCCUCAAGGACUGGGGGCUGACCAAGAUCAAGUUUGUUGCCGUGCUUGGCAGUCGGCCCGGCAUCAGUGCCCUGCAGCAAGCCCACCCUGACAUUCAGAUCAUUGUCGGGGAGAUUGACGACGGUCUCAGCGAAGACGGCUACAUCAUCCCUGGCCUGGGCGACGCCGGCGACCGGCUCUUCGGGACGGUCCACGAGUAGAUCCAUGCGGACAGCAACGACAAGAACGCUGGCUGCUCGACAUCUGCGUAUCUCAACAUGCAUCGCCCGGACGAGGACGCUGUGUACCGCUUGAGUUUCCUCCCCGGAUCGUCAAGGGCCCAGGCAGCUGUGUUCAAG